AUGGGACCUAUACCGCCCGUCGAGCGAGCCUGGCCAUGGCAGUCCAAUCCCGACAAUGGCGACAGCCCCGACGAGCUCCAGAACUGGUCCAGCCUGAUCGGCAUCAUCAUCGCCAUCUGCGGUAACGUGCUGAUUUCGCUGGCCCUCAACGUUCAGCGAUAUGCCCACAUCCGGCUACAUCGCAAGCGCCUGGAGAUUAGAGAGCGCGCGCGACAGGCGAGGAAAGCGGCGAAGAAGACGAACGGGACGGGAGUGUACGGCGCCGGGGGGCAGACCCAAGGACAGGGAGCAUCGAAUGGGCAUACCGCGACAGCAAAUAGCAGCUCAAUCAUACCCAUCAUCAUCCCCCCCAAAGACGACGACCGCUUCCCCUCCGAAACCGACCCUCUAACGCAAUCCUUCCAAUCUGACAGCUCCUCCUCCAGCAACGCCCCCUCCGAUGACAUUACCAACACCAAAGUCGCAUCAACCUACCUCAAAGAUCCCUACUGGUGGCUCGGCCAAGCACUCAUAACCGUCGGUGAAUUAGGCAACUUCCUCGCCUACGGCUUCGCGCCUGCGUCCAUCGUCAGCCCCCUCGGCGUGGUGGCCAUCGUGUCCAACUGCGUCAUUGCGCCGCUGUUUUUCAACGAGAUAUUUCGCGCGCAGGACUUUUGGGGUGUGCUGAUCUCUGUGGCAGGGGCUGUGACGGUCGUGUUGAGCGCGCAGACGGAGGAGACGAAGUUGGGACCGCGAGAGGUGUGGGAGGCGAUUACCACGGUUGAGUUCGAGGUUUAUACGGCGGUGUGCUGUGCGUUUAUUGCGACGUUGAUGUGGCUUAGUCCGCGGUACGGGAGCAGGACUAUCCUCAUCGACCUCGGGCUGGUCGGUUUGUUUGGAGGGUACACGGCCCUAGCGACCAAGGGCGUCUCCUCGAUGUUGUCGUCCAACUUUGUCGCAGCCUUCACGACGCCUAUCACCUACGUCUUAGCCUUCGUUUUGCUGUCCACAGCACUCAUGCAAGUCCGCUACUUGAACAAGGCCCUCCAGCGCUUCGACUCGACCCAAGUCAUCCCCACGCAAUUCGUGCUCUUCACCAUCAGCGUCAUCAUCGGGAGCGCGGUACUCUACCGCGAUUUUGAGCGGACUACCGCCAAUCAGGCACUCACCUUCGUGGGCGGAUGUCUCUUCACCUUCUUCGGCGUCUUUCUUAUCACCACCGGCCGGCCGCGCCAGGAUGUGGAGGAGGAAGGCGAGGACGAAGUUGAGGAGGUUGAGGAGGUCGAGAGGGAGGAAGAGACUGUCGGUCUCGCUCCCGCCCCGCCAGUCUACCCUCAAACACCUCCUUCCCCUCCCCGGCGUACUUCAACACGCUCGACUCGCGCGCGUAGAUCAUCCUCUCGGGCUUCCUACUCCAGCAUUGUAUCUGCCCUCUGGAAGCCAUCUGACUCUUCUAGUGGUUUAUUCACUCCCCGCAGCCAGUGGCAAAAACCUCAAUCUCUCACUGCUGAACCCGCUUCAGAAGCAGUUCCAUUACUGGGUAACCUCUCCGAAGAACCUCCAACCACAACCCCUAGCACAGAACCCCGGCAACGUCCAACGACUCCAUCCCACCGCGGCUCCCUCACCCUCGCGGCGCCCUCAACCCCAGCCCGCACACCGCGCACAGGUCCCGCGACGAGACCAUCAACCUCUUACGGCGCAUAUGCCUGCCAACACCAUUACCAUCAUCACCCACAUCCUCACCCAGUAUAUUCCCCGUCUCCGUUUUCUUCGACUCUCUCGGCUGUGGUGGCAGAUACGUUGCUUGCGCAUACACAGUCUGCUUCGUAUGGCCGCCCCCAGUACGGGAGUGAUGAUAUUGAAGCGCGCACGGGGUCCGCUUCCGGGGCUGAGGCACAAAGUCCGUUGGCGUUUCCAACCCUUGCGGGGCGUGUAAGGUUCUUGGGUGGUGGGGGAAGGAGCGCUCGGGGGAGUAGUACGAACAGGGACGGGAUCACGGGUGGCAUGGGAAGGGUGAGGAGUCUGAGUAUCACGCUGGGGUUGGCGGGGUUGUUUGGGGGCGGGAGCCAGCCGCAGCAGAGUAGGAGGGGGGGAGUUGCGAGUGAGCCUUUGCCGGGGCGGGUCGCUGUGCCGGAGGUUAGGGUUACAGAGAGUGAAAAUGAGGAUAGGACGGUUGAUGAAGACGGUGAGAGGGAAGAUCUCCCUCCAUAUGCUGCUGAGUCUCGGUCUGGCUCUCCGUACGGGACUAGAAAUGGAGAAGAGGGCGAGAGCUUUCAGGCUGCUGACAGUUCCGGGGAAAGGGGGGAUGGGGAUGGGGAUGGGGAUGGGGAUGUGCUCACUAGGGCACACACCACAGCCCAUUAG